CUCUGGGCCGGUACGCGUAACAAGCAACAAGUUUGUAACUUUGUAUGGGUAGAGUGACACUCUAGUAUGGGAGUUCUGUGGUACAACCCGUAACGUACGUGCAGUACAUACUUAACGUUGUACCGGCCAUGCCACUCCUGCUGGCCGCAAGCGCAACGCGUGCCGGUUGCACAUGUGUUAUUGCAAAUACAAGCGCACUACGCUUCUUAUGUAAUUCACUAUGAACAGGUUAUUAGUGCUUAUCGCCACUAAGCGUUGUGUGUCCGGAGGCCGUUCGCGGUCAGCGAAGCGGAGUUUCCUGUUUGGGGGCAUGGUGGAGGAGGAAAGGUUGCAGCGCAGACCGCCUACGGUGGGAGGUCCCGUUUCGUGCUCAGAGUAGCGCGCUGACAACAUUCUGCUGUGCUGAUCCGUCAGAUUUUGCUGUGUCAGCAAGAACGUCAACGGCGAAACAUGUUCUCCACGCUUACGAACGCUUUCAAUCCUUUGGAUGUAUUCUGGACGCUUGUUACGACUACAAUGCUCCUAGCCAGUUGCUGGUACUUCAUCAAGAAAGAUGCCGCUCCAGGGCUGCUGACGGCGGCGAUGCUUUACGGCAAAGUGGCCGAAACAAACAAGAAAGCUCGGCUUCUCAAAGACAUUUCAAUUCCUAAAAGAUGGUUCAAGCACUUUUAUCAGUUAGGAGUUGUCAUCUUUACCUUCAUCACCGUGUUCAUGGUGCGAUCAUAUGUUUUUGGUUUGCCGCUGCCAGGCACCAUCAUUAAAGUGGUCGAUUUCUUUGAGCCAAGGCCGGCUAUGACUGUGUCAGCAACCAGCAUCCUCCUAGUCCAAGUGCUAGAGACAUGCCAUGUGUAUCGACGUUGCUACGAGUGUAUGUUUGUGUCGGUCUACUCCAACGUGCACAUGCACGUGUGGCAUUACCUAAUGGGUUACUUUUAUUAUAUUGGAGUGCAGCUCACCGUACUGGCAAAUGCGCCAAGCACCUCAGAUUCUGCUAUGCCAAGGUUUUCUGUAUCAGAUAUCUCGGCACAUCACAUCAUUGGCACAGUCAUCUUCCUUUGGGCUUUCUGUGUGCAGUUCGACUCUCACCUUCGCAUGGCUUCCUUACGGAAAGAUCAUAAAGGCAACGUGGUCACACUGACUCACAAGAUUCCCCAAGGGGGCAUGUUUGCAUAUGUCUCCUGCCCUCACUACAUGGCUGAGCUUGCAAUCUACUGUGCACUCAGCCUGGUCUUAGGCCAGCCCAACACCACCUGGUGGCUCAUGAUGGCCUGGAACUGGUCCAACCAAGUGGCCAUCUCUUUCUUCAGCCACAACUGGUAUCGGCAAAACUUCCCCAGUUACCCAAAGCACAGAAAGGCAAUCAUACCCUUUGUGCUCUAGCAUUGUGUGAGAAUAAUGUCAUGUUUGUUCACUAUUCUCUUUUUAUGGUUAUAGAUGUACAAAGAAAUUAAAAAGUGCCUCUAGAAUGUCUUUCAAAGUUGCAAGUAGUCAAGCAAGUUUUGGGGAAAUCGGUAAUGUGGGGGAAGUUUCAUGGAAAUGAAAGUUGGCCUCAUCCAUCUUGUCGUGGACGCCAGCUUUCACUCUCAUUAAAGUUUCAAGUAAAUGAUGUUGUCAGUACACCAUGUUUUUGUGAAAUUUUUCACAUAAGACAUUUACUGCGAUAGCAUAGCCACAAGUUGGCUACACCCCGUCUGCUUCUACUGCUCAAGGGGUGUGCAUAUGUGUGCCCAUCAGGGGUGGGCAAACAAACCUCAAAUAACCUCUGACCCAUUAAUAUACGACAUUAAGCUGUGGGUACCAACAGUGUGCAGAAACCAUGCAUUUGAAUGUUGAGUAUGGUGUGUUUAGUGCCUGCUGCAGGGAAAGAAACACAUGUAAGCAUGCUGUUGGAAUAUAUACUUGUUUGCAGCAAAGUUGUGCAUUUCAAGCUGCAGGUACUGUCAAGUAAAUUGCUGUUAUGACAGGAAAGGUGGCAUCCAACGUGACUCUUGAUUUAUAGAGGUCACCCCCCCCCCCCCCCCCCCCCAUUUUUUUCUCCCUUGGUUCUCGCUUAAUGAGAAAGUAUGCUAGACCUGUGUUUGUGGUUUGGUUAGUGGCACUUUCUAUGGAAGAGGUAGCAGAUACCUGUAAAGUGAGUCACGGUCACUGGGAAAAAAAAAUGCAAUCUGCUGCGUGCAUCGAAAACGGCGUGAUCCGCCACGACGCCACCAGUCAAGGACUGUUGUCUGGGAACGGCUUAGAAAAAGUGUGAGGAACGCCGUCGCCCGUGGAAGCUGACGCGUCUCAUGCCCCGCAAAUAGCUCCGUUCGGGUCAGCCAAGCGGCCGCGAAUGCAACUACGGCUGGGACACUCGCUCCCAUUGCAGCCCGCAUGACGCGGCCGGCCGCACUUUGCUUUUUUUAUCCAGUGGCCGUGAGUCAACUGAAUAAGUAAGGUCACUUUGAAAACACCAUUCUUUGUUGCAUUGACAAAGGGGAGCAAGAUCAUGCUUCCGUUUUACCGAUUUUUACUUUAAUGAUGAGCUGGAGUCAUUCUGUGUAUUGUACAAACUUCUCACAGAAGUAACAUGAUGCCAAACUGAUUUGCUACAUUGACUGUCAUGCUUCAUAGUGACAGUCAAAAUGAAGACAUUCAAGUAGUACUGCAGCAUGACCUGUUUGCAACAUUCACCUGGGCGUGAAAUAGCAUGCAGUAAAUUAAAAAUGCAGUUCCAACCACAUUUUUGUCAGCACUACUGUCAUCUUUACACCAUUUGGAAUACACAACUGAUUGCCUACAAUGUCCUUAAAGGGGCCCUGCAGCACCCUCCAAGAAUGUGGAAUGCAUAAGAUAUUUAAGAAUCUUUUUAACAAAACAAAAAAAAGUUUCUGAAUGCAUUUUUUAAGAACGUAGUUAUUGGCAACCAAACGUUGCCUUUGCGAUUCCUUCAGUAUCUUUAAAUUCCUACUGCACUUGAAGCUGUACCGAAGUGGAGCGAUCCAACGUUCCUUUGUCUAUCAUUGCACUGAGCUUUGAUAUCGGCAUAGCCACCAAGACCAGCUUGUUACACUCCCCUAUAACGAAGGCCACAGUAUUGGCACACUGGUAUUUUUCUCUUCCCUACCACCAGAUGAUGCCACUGCCUAAUUUGUCAUGAGAUUUCUCCAUUUUCGGUCCUGCCCAACAGGUAAAGAAAUCUCGCCAAUAGCUCUCAUGUUUGCACAACAGUAGGUGCAUGACCGUAAGCACAAAAUGUCGCAAAUUCAAGAAGUUGAGGUAAACAGCAAGCAGUCAUUCAAGAGAUAUUGUAGCCUCCCUGCCCAUGCACAGGAAUAAUAUUUGGCUCAGCUGUUUGUGAAAACAUGCCUAGUGAUUAGAUGGAUUUACUUACUGUAGUCUGAAAAUGUUGCUGGGCUCCUUUAAAACCAUUGUUCUUUUGUCAGUGGUAGCAUGCUAUACACUUGAUAUUUGGUGUUAGGGAUAGUGAUUACUUUUACACUGAUAUGAAGGAGCAAUACUCCAACACGUCGAACAUUUACUAGGUACACAUGAAUCCUAUGCUGGUGCUUCCACAAAACUGCUUGUAUGACCGCAUUGCAUAGGCUGUGCAAGGAAUGGGAGGACUUUUUGUAAUUUGUCAUCAUAAUCUCUCUGCAUGACUGUGUACAUUUGCAAAAAGUCAGUGUAUUUCUUUAUACUUCUCAAUUAACAUAUGCCUGAACUUCUGCUGUCAAGUAAAACUUCCUCUCAUACUUUGAGCUACCUCUGGAGCUCACCCUGCUCAAUUUUGACUUGGAAGUGUUCCUAUUUUGUCUCCGACUUUGUGGCUGAAUAAAUAAGUAUACAGAUGA